CUCGGCGCAGGCGCAGAGGCCGAAGCAGGCGCAGGCGCAGGCGCGGCGCAGGCGCGGGCGCGCUCUCCCGGCAGCCCGCGCUCCGUGACCCCGCGCCGCCGAGCGCCCCGAGGACUCAGCGGAGGGUGGGCGCCGCCGAGGCCUCCUGCCGCCGGCGGGUUUCCGCGGAGUGCCGCCCGGCUCCGCGCUGCCGCCGCCGCGGCUCAUGGGCAGAGUCGGCCGGGCGGGCCGGCAUUAAACUGAAGAAAAGAUGUCCCUGUACGAUGACCUAGGAGUGGAGACCAGUGACUCUAAAACAGAAGGCUGGUCCAAAAACUUCAAACUUCUGCAGUCUCAGCUUCAGGUGAAGAAGGCAGCUCUCACUCAGGCAAAGAGCCAAAGGACGAAACAAAGUACAGUCCUCGCCCCAGUCAUUGACCUGAAGCGAGGUGGCUCCUCAGAUGACCGGCAAAUUGUGGACACUCCACCGCAUGUAGCAGCUGGGCUGAAGGAUCCUGUUCCCAGUGGGUUUUCUGCAGGGGAAGUUCUGAUUCCCUUAGCUGACGAAUAUGACCCUAUGUUUCCUAAUGAUUAUGAGAAAGUAGUGAAGCGCCAAAGAGAGGAACGACAGAGACAGCGGGAGCUGGAAAGACAAAAGGAAAUAGAAGAAAGGGAAAAAAGGCGUAAAGACAGACAUGAAGCAAGUGGGUUUGCAAGGAGACCAGAUCCAGAUUCUGAUGAAGAUGAAGAUUAUGAGCGAGAGAGGAGGAAAAGAAGUAUGGGCGGAGCUGCCAUUGCCCCACCCACUUCUCUGGUAGAGAAAGACAAAGAGUUACCCCGAGAUUUUCCUUAUGAAGAGGACUCAAGACCUCGAUCACAGUCUUCCAAAGCAGCCAUUCCUCCCCCAGUGUACGAGGAACAAGACAGACCGAGGUCUCCAACCGGACCUAGCAACUCCUUCCUUGCUAACAUGGGGGGCACAGUGGCGCACAAGAUCAUGCAGAAGUACGGCUUCCGGGAGGGCCAGGGUUUGGGGAAGCACGAGCAGGGCCUGAGCACUGCCUUGUCAGUGGAGAAGACCAGCAAGCGUGGCGGCAAGAUCAUCGUGGGCGACGCCACAGAGAAAGAUGCAUCCAAGAAGUCAGAUUCCAAUCCGCUGACUGAAAUACUGAAGUGUCCUACUAAAGUGGUCCUACUAAGGAACAUGGUUGGUGCGGGAGAGGUGGAUGAAGACUUGGAAGUUGAAACCAAGGAAGAAUGUGAAAAAUAUGGCAAAGUUGGAAAAUGUGUGAUAUUUGAAAUUCCUGGUGCCCCUGAUGAUGAAGCAGUACGGAUAUUUUUAGAAUUUGAGAGAGUUGAAUCAGCAAUUAAAGCGGUUGUUGACUUGAAUGGGAGGUAUUUUGGUGGACGGGUGGUAAAAGCAUGUUUCUACAAUUUGGACAAAUUCAGGGUCUUGGAUUUGGCAGAACAAGUUUGAUUUUAAGAACUAGAGCACGAGUCAUCUCCGGUGAUCCUUAAAUGAACUGCAGGCUGAGAAAAGAAGGAAAAAGGUCACAGCCUCCAUGGCUGUUGCAUACCAAGACUCUUGGAAGGACUUCUAAGAUACAUGUUGAUUGAUCCCUUUUUUAUUUUGUGGUUUUUUAAUAUAGUAUAAAAAUCCUUUUAAAAAAACAA